ACAAACUCGGCGCCGACCUACCUCAGCCCCAACAUCCCCGGCCCGGCCAUAAUCAAGCGUACCUCACCUCACCUCACCGAAUCCACUACAUCACAAACCACCAACUCCAUCGGCGCGCGCGUUAAUCACAAGUCACGAAUAUUGCAGCUACGAACGAACGACCCAAGACCACCGGCAAAAGCAAAAGCAAAAGCACAAGCCCAACCAAAAAAAAAUGAGCUUCCAACUCCCCGCCCCGACGCACCGCAAGCGCACCCUCCCGCAGGGCGAACUCGAGGCGGCGUCGACGCUGCGCCUGGGCGCGGACCAGAACACCCAUACGCUGUCGUUGUCCGAGGCGCGGUUGGUCAUCAACAAGGUGUUGGAGAAUAAGCGGCGCGGGGGGAAGAAGUAUGAGGAGCCUGAAAAUCUGACCAAGACGCUCGACUACCUGGAGGUGUUUGCGCGGUUCAAGGACGAGGAGAACAUCAAGGCGGUGGAGCGGUUGCUGAACUCGCAUACGGAGUUGGAGAUGUUUGAGCGGUCGCAGCUUGGCAGUCUCUGCUGCGAUAAUGCGGAGGAAGCGAAGUCGCUCAUCCCCAGUCUGCAGCAUAAGAUCUCGGAUGGGGAUCUGCAGGAGCUGUUGGAUGAGUUGACCAAGUUGCGGAACUUCACGGAGUGAAGUGUGGUUUUGGGUGAUCUGCUUCCCCUUGGUUUUGGGGCUUGGGAAGGUUGGGAGGGAGGGAAAGGGAUAUUCUAGCAUGGAGUUCUGGUGUUGUUGGUUUUUUGUGUCUUGUUAUGGUGGUGAUGCGUUGGGCAGUGGGAGGGGGUAGGUAUAGUAGAGGGAUUUGUUUAUGGUAGGGGGGAUGGUGUCGUCAUGGGGUUUGUAGACUAAGUACUCCUCGGUUGAGACUCGUAUAGUGUACGGUAGAUGUGAUUGAUGUACUCGAGUAUGCCCACGGAAAUCUCCUCAAAGGCGAUCGCAUCUUUCGGAAAGUCAAUAAAAUCGCCGGAGGUCACACCAAGCCAAUAAGAGGCGUGAUAUAGUCGGUUCAAG